CGGGCCGGGGGCGGGGCCGGGCUGGGAGAAGGCGCUGGAAGGUUCCCGGGAAGGCGGGGAGCGCUCGCUGACUGGCCGGUCCGGGGGAGGGCGGGCCCGGCCCGGCUAGAAAUAGGGCAGCCGCGUCGAGGUCGGGGAUAAUUCUCCGGUGGCUUUCCGGCUCGGCGGAGGAAGCGACGACAGCCCGAGAGGCCUGCGCGUGCCUCCUGCCUUCCCUCCUCGAGAGAUCCGCUUCACCGCCUCUUCGCAGAAGCCUCUGCCUUCCGACUCGAGGACGAUGGCAGCCGCCAAAGGAGUGGCCAUCGGCAUCGACCUGGGCACCACGUACUCCUGCGUGGGCGUGUUCCAGCACGGCAAGGUGGAGAUCAUCGCCAACGACCAGGGCAACCGCACCACCCCCAGCUACGUGGCCUUCACGGACACCGAGCGGCUCAUCGGGGACGCCGCCAAGAACCAGGUGGCCAUGAACCCCCAGAACACCGUCUUCGACGCCAAGCGGCUGAUCGGACGCAAGUUCGGGGACCCGGUGGUGCAGUCGGACAUGAAGCAGUGGCCCUUCCGCGUGGUGAGCGACGCGGGGAAGCCCAAGGUGCGGGUGUCGUACAAGGGGGAGGAGAAGGCCUUCUACCCGGAGGAGAUCUCCUCCAUGGUGCUGACCAAGAUGAAGGAGACGGCGGAGGCCUACCUGGGCCACCCGGUGACCAACGCGGUGAUCACGGUGCCGGCCUACUUCAACGACUCGCAGCGGCAGGCCACCAAGGACGCCGGGGUGAUCGCCGGGCUGAACGUGCUGCGCAUCAUCAACGAGCCGACGGCGGCGGCCAUCGCCUACGGGCUGGACCGCGCCGGGAAGGGGGAGCGCAACGUGCUGAUCUUCGACCUGGGCGGGGGCACGUUCGACGUGUCGGUCCUGACCAUCGACGACGUCUUCGAGGUGAAGGCCACGGCCGGCGACACCCACCUGGGCGGGGAGGACUUCGACAGCCGGCUGGUGACCCACUUCGCCGAGGAGUUCCGGCGCAAGCACGGGAAGGACCUGAGCCAGAACAAGCGGGCGGUGCGGCGGCUGCGGACGGCCUGCGAGCGGGCCAAGCGCACGCUGUCGUCCAGCACGCAGGCCAACCUGGAGAUCGACUCCCUGUUCGAGGGCGUGGACUUCUACACGUCCAUCACGCGGGCCCGGUUCGAGGAGCUGUGCUCGGACCUGUUCCGCGGCACGCUGGAGCCCGUGGAGAAGGCCCUGCGGGACGCCAAGAUGGACAAGGCCGGGAUCCACGAGGUGGUGCUGGUGGGGGGCUCCACCCGCAUCCCCAAGGUGCAGCGGCUGCUGCAGGACUUCUUCAACGGGCGCGAGCUGAACAAGAGCAUCAACCCGGACGAGGCGGUGGCCUACGGGGCGGCGGUGCAGGCGGCCAUCCUGAUGGGGGACCGGUCGGAGAAGGUGCAGGACCUGCUGCUGCUGGACGUGGCGCCCCUGUCCCUGGGGCUGGAGACGGCCGGGGGGGUGAUGACGGCCCUGAUCAAGCGCAACUCCACCAUCCCCACCAAGCAGACGCAGAUCUUCACCACCUACUCGGACAACCAGCCGGGGGUCCUGAUCCAGGUGUACGAGGGGGAGCGGGCCAUGACCCGCGACAACAACCUGCUGGGCCGCUUCGACCUGAGCGGCAUCCCCCCGGCCCCGCGCGGGGUCCCCCAGAUCGAGGUCUCCUUCGACGUGGACGCCAACGGCAUCCUCAACGUGACGGCCACGGACAAGAGCACGGGCAAGGCCAACAAGAUCACCAUCACCAACGACAAGGGCCGGCUGAGCAAGGAGGAGGUGGAGCGCAUGGUGCGGGACGCCGAGCGGUACCGGGCCGAGGACGAGGCCCAGCGGGAGAAGGUGGCCGCCAAGAACGCCCUGGAGUCGUACGCCUUCAACAUGAAGAGCGCCGUGGAGGGCGAGGACGGGGGCCUGAGGGGCAAGAUCUCGGAGGGCGACCGGCAGAAGGUGCUGGACAAGUGCCGCCAGGUCCUGGCCUGGCUCGAGGCCAACCAGCUGGCCGAGAAGGACGAGUACGACCACAAGAGGAAGGAGCUGGAGCAGGUCUGCCACCCCAUCGUCACCCGCCUCUACCAGGGCGAGGGGGCCGCCGCGGGGAGGGGAUUCACCCCUCCAAAGGAGGGGGGCGGGGGCGGCCCCACCAUCGAGGAAGUUGAUUAAUUUCCCCCUCCCCGCCGCCCACCUCCGGUUGGGGCUCCCCCCCGGGGUUCCUCCGCGGCCUCCUCCCCGCACCCGUCGUGCCUUCCGAGCUGCUCCGCCGAAACCACCGUCAGCGAAGCCUCUUUUGAUCGCUCCUCUAUCCCGUCGCCCCAUCAUCCCGGUCACCCGGGACGGACUGUUUGAGGAGAGGCCCCGGUUGGGCUUGUUAGUUGGAGCGAAGAUCCCGUUAUUUAUUUCUCUCAGGCCCCGGUUUUUACCUUGCGACGGUAGAAAUCAAAGCUCUUUGCAACUAAUAAAUUGUUGCUUCGAAGAAA